CGACCUGCCGACCCUCUGACCGACGAGUCGGCCCUGCCCUCGAAUUCGCCAUGUCUGGUUCCUCCAGCGUCGCCGCUAUGAAGAAGGUGGUUCAGCAGCUCCGGCUGGAGGCUGGGCUCAACCGCGUGAAGGUUUCCCAGGCAGCUGCAGACUUGAAACAAUUCUGUCUGCAGAAUGCUCAACAUGAUCCCCUGCUGACUGGAGUGUCUUCAAGUACAAAUCCCUUCAGGCCUCAGAAAGUCUGUUCCUUUUUGUAGUCAAAUGAAUCUUACUCUGAGGUUUCCCAAACCACUGCUCAAGAACCAGUGAAUAUUCAAGAGAGCUAAAUUUGAAGCCUGUACAAAAAGUUUCCCUAUAACAUGUGCCAUAAUAUAAACUUCUACUUUUGUCAGUCCUUAACAUCUACCUCUCUGAAUUUUCAUGAGUUUCUAUUUCACAAGUGUAAUUAUUUUAUAUACACUGGCAGCAACAUACAAUAAAAUACUUAGUAUAAACGUU